GCCAUUGCCCUGGCUUCUAUGAACUUCUAUCUAUCUCCUCAACAAAUCUCGACACGGAAAUGUACAGCCACAUCGGUCAGCGCAUAACGAUUGGCGUAGACACCCUAGUGGUAUAUAGCCAUUCAUGUAUGGACAUGGACGCCUUCUCUACAGUGCAGGGAUUGAUAGGUGCCACGCGGAUCAGUUUUGGUAGCCUUGUAUUGACCCAAGAUGCAUCUGUUCAAAUCAGCCUCAUGACCACUUCCAGCUUUGCUCACUCUUGUUUCCUCAAUCACUCCUCCUGCCAUACUGGAUAUAUUUCGAGCAUCAAAUAUCCUUUCGAUCAAGACUGAAGGCUCAUAAUGGGUGACCCUUUCUCUGCCACUAGUAACGCUGUUGAGAUUGUCUCCCUGGGCCUGACCGUAUGCGGUGAAAUCGUGGCCUACGGCCGGGCGUAUCGUGACUAUGGCGAAGACAUUCGAAACAUGACGACCAAAGCUGAGUCUCUACGUGUGCCUUUGAAAGCUCUAAAAGAAAUGAUCGAAAAGACCCGGAUAUCCCAGCCUGAUGCUGCCGCCGACCUUUCAGAAAAAGCGAUGAGCCUCAAUGCGUCUGUCACGCGACUUCAGGACAUAAUCAAACGAUAUGAACCUACCAAUGCCCCAGCAGCCUUUCCUGAUAAAGCGCGGAAUCACCUCAAGAGGGCCGUGUAUCAUUUCCGGAAGGAAACUUUGCAAGACAUCGGGGCGGAUUUGGACAGCAUGCAGACCAUUCUGCAGACAGCACUUGCAGUAUACGCCUGGGAGGGCAGUUUGCGUGUCGCCGAAGAGAUCGAGCAGAUGGGGAAUUCCUUUGCCGACUUAUUGAAGUCUUGGUGCGACGAUGAACAGAAGAAAGGGCACCGAUCAGACACGACGACUAGCAGCAAUGUCUUGUCAGAACAGAGAGGUCUGACUAUACACAGACAGAAAGCUGGCGUGUCAAAGAAAUACAAUCUAUACAACCGAUGGCUAAGGCUUGGAAUCGAGAUCUCGUUCAGCAUGACAACGGGGGCUGGAGGAUUUUGGAUCUGCCCAGCUUUAUCGAUUCAGAUUCCUAUUGUAGAAGGAAGCCGUAAGUACAGGGAGAUUCAUAGAUUGACAUAUGCACUCGGGGAACCUACAGAACGCGAUCGUGCCUUUCUGGCACUGCAGAAUCAGUUCUUGGACCAGAAACUCCAUCCUUCAUGUGUCAUGUCUGGAAGACAUGGGGUCUACUCAUUGCUUGAUACACUUUUUCACAACGCAAUAUUUGGGCGUGCAUUUCAAUGGACGGAAAAUGAUGAUGUACAAAAACUCGAAUUCCAAUACUACAGCAGUUUAUUGAGUUCCUUUUGGAUACUGGUGUGCGGUCCUGCUACCACGAUAAUCCUAUGAAUAAUGUUGUGUGGUGUACACCUUGCCUUGAAAAGGAGCAUGUUCCAUUAAUCGCGCGUCUGGCUGAUGCUGGAUUCAGCUUUGACAUAAGUGCUACUUACCAUAGUUUUAGAUCUAACACCAGGCGUAACCUGCAGCUGAUACUUUCUAACAAUGAUGAUGAAUUGGUAAAAGCAACAGAAAGCGCAAAGCUUAUUUAUCGCGAAAAGGCCGAAGAGCUUAGGGAAGCACUUCGCCAGAGGCAAAUUUCACCUGAUGAAAAAAUUGGAGGGUACCUAUUACUUGAAAUGGCC